AUGGAAAAUGGAGUUAUUACUGACCCGCAGAUCAAUGCAUCGUCCAUGCAUAAUUAUAAGCAUGGCUCGCAAAAUGCAAGGUUACAUUUCAAGGGAGACCCGUUGACGCAUGUAUCUGCUGGCUGGGCAGCUCGUCUGCUAGACACCAAACAAUGGCUGCAAGUAGAUCUUCAGCAUAUCACAAGGGUAAUAGGCAUAGCGACGCAAGGGAGACAUGAUUUAGAUCAGUGGGUUACUGAAUACAAGCUACAAUACGGCGACGAUGGACAAACUUACAGUGUCUACAGUCGAAGCGGGGACACAUCAGAAACGGUAUGAAUACUAAUGACUUUUUGAACAAAAUGUUCUCUUUUCUUCUUGCUGGGAGGGUGAGACAACGAAAAAAAAUCAAGAGUCCCAAAGAGCAAUAGAACCUGAGACAUUAGAAUAUUUCACUUCAAUGCACUGACGCUACGCCACAACCACCUCACAAGCAGCUGGACUAUUACGAGGUCCAUCAUAUGUUCAAAUAUGAGCUUUUCUUUUUUGCUUUUGGUGGGUCUGGACGUAAUCGAGUAGUAGAAAUAAGUGAGAACAAAGUGUAUUAGUUUAUAUCUAUAUUUAUGUUUGAUUGCUGAGGAACAUGUAGAAAAGCAUCAACUAAGGUUCUAGGUUUAGAGUUACCGCUCCUGUAUAAUGCAUACAUUCGUCAAUUUUACAUUCCUUAUUAUUCUACUCAGGUUUUCCCAGGAAACACUGACAGGAACACAAUUGUGUAUCACGAUCUUAACCCGGUCAUUGAUGCUCGCUUCGUUCGAGUUCUUCCGAUGGAAUGGUUUGGCCAUAUCGGAAUGAGAAUGGAACUGUACUCUUACUCUUGUCAA